CCACACACACCUUUGACAAUGGGAAUCUGUAUAUCCUCUGCAUCUUCUCAGAUUCGCCAUGAAACCAACAAAGUUGGUAGUAUUAUUGAAGAAGAUGAUCAUUAUAAGUCAUGUUAUUCUGUAUGCGGGAUUCAGAAACUCGAAUCCAUUUGUUCUAAGCAAGGCAGCAAAGGAAUCAAUCAAGAUGCUGCUUUUGCAUAUCAAGAGUUUGGAGAAGUUGAAGAGAGUGAUUUGUUUGGAGUUUUUGAUGGGCAUGGACAGAAUGGUCAUAUUGUGAGCAAUUUAGUGAAGAAUAGAUUGCCUUCGUUAUUGCUUAGGGAGGUAACUGCUAAGUCAAGUUUGGUGAAGAGGAAGAGUUUCAAUACAUGGAAAGAAGCUUUUGAAACUUCCUUCAAGGUUAUGGAUAAAGAGAUCAAACUUCAAGAGAAUUUGGAUGGCUCUUUCAGUGGAUCAACCGCUGUUGUUAUCGUCAAACAGGGAGAUUAUUUGGUGAUUGGGAAUCUGGGGGAUUCAAGGGCGGUGAUGGGGAGGAUGAGGGACGAUGGUGGAAUCAAAGCAGUUCAAUUAACUACAGAUUUAAAGCCAGGAUUGGCGAGUGAGGGCGAGCGAAUAAGAAGAUGUAAAGGGAGAGUCUUGGCGCUGAAAGAUGAGGCUCAUAUACAAAGAGUGUGGCUCCCCAACGAAGACGCACCGGGGCUGGCUAUGUCAAGAGCUUUUGGUGAUUUUGCUCUUAAAGAUUAUGGCAUUAUCAAUCUCCCCGAUGUCUCCUUCCGCCCUCUCACUUCUCACGAUCGCUUCAUCGUUCUCGCCACUGAUGGGAUAUGGGAUGUGCUGAGCAACGACGAAGUAGCGUCCAUCGUUUGGGCGGCGGAGAGCGAAGAAGCGGCGGCGAAAGCGGUGGUGGAUGCGGCGGCAGAGGCUUGGAAACGCUACCCUUCUUCAAAACACGACGACUGCACCGUCAUUUGCCACUUCUUACAAACCCCAAAACAAUGAACGCCAAACUAAAGUAAGUAAGACUGUCGUUUUGCCAUUUUCUCCGUCGUCGAUCGGACAGGCCAUGAUUGGGGCCGGGAAGUAGGAAUUCGAGACUGCCGGCUUUUAUAUUAGGGAAGGAUGUUGAAAUAAAAUUGUUUUGGUUUUGUAGUAAAUAUAUUUUGGGUCAGAAAGUUAAAUCAUAAAACAAAGUUAUAAAGAAGAAGCAUAACAAAAUUUGAUGUAUGUGGGGGAGAAAUAUGGAAGAACAAAACAAAAUAUAAAUUUAUAUUUACGAUACUAUGUUGUAAUUAUACCAAUUUAAAUUUUAAAUUUUUGAUAUGUUCUAAAA